AUGGCUGCACACUUGUUGGGCUCUCGGCCACGAACGGAAGAUGUGCUACAAGCUACAGGGGAGGCUCAGGAUUUUAAAACUCUACUAUUGUCAAGGCCUGUACUUGAAGGCUUGGAGGCUGCAGGAUUUACAAAACCAUCUCCAGUACAGAGCAAGGCUAUACCACUUGGGAGAUGUGGACUGGAUUUAAUAGUACAGGCCAAGUCAGGAACAGGAAAAACAUGCGUCUUUUCAACGGUGGCUUUAGAUUCUCUGAUUCUGGAAAACACUGCUACACAGAUCUUGAUUUUGGCCCCUACAAGGGAAAUUGCAGUCCAGAUCCAUUCAGUGAUUAUUACUAUAGGUAGCCGCAUGGAAGGACUGGAGUGUCAUGUCUGUAUAGGAGGGACUCCACUGCCUCAGGACAAAACAAAGCUGAAGAAGUGCCACAUAGCUGUAGGCUCCCCUGGCAGAAUAAAGCAAUUGAUAGAAAUUGGCUACCUUAACACAGCCAGCAUUCGCCUUUUCAUUCUUGAUGAAGCGGAUAAACUUCUAGAAGAAGGGAGCUUCCAGGAACAAAUUAACUGGAUUUAUUCAUCUCUUCCGGCUAACAAGCAAAUGCUGGCGGUUUCAGCUACAUACCCAGAAUCCUUAGCAAGAGCACUGACAACAUAUAUGCGAGAGCCAAUCUUUGUCAGGUUGAAUGCAACUGACCCUAGUCUUCUUGGGUUAAAGCAAUAUUAUAAGGUGGUAAAUUCACACCCACUGCCACACAAAGACUUUUGAAGAGAAAGUACAACAUUUGCAAGAACUAUUCAGCAGAAUUUCUUUUAACCAAGCUUUAGUGUUCUCUAAUCUUCAUAUAGCAGAGCUCAACAUUUGGCAGAUAUUCUUACAGCUAAAGGUUUCCCAGCUGUGUGUAUAUCAGGUAGUAUGAAUCAAAACCAGAGACUUGAUGCAAUGUCCAAACUUAAGCAGUAUCAUUGUCGCGUUCUGAUUUCAACUGAUCUUACUUCCCGUGGAAUUGAUGCAGAGAAAGUGAAUCUGGUUGUAAACUUGGAUGUUCCGCAUGACUGGGAGACCUACAUGCAUCGAAUUGGUAGAGCUGGAAGAUUUGGUACCUAUGGUCUAUCUGUUUCUUACUGUUGUCGAGGAGAAGAAGAAAAUCUAAUGAUGUCUAUAGCUCAAAAGUGCAAUCUCCGUCUGCUUCCUCUUCCUGAUCCAAUUCCAGAUGGAUUGAUGGAGGAGGCCUGUGAUUGGGAUAUUGAAGUUACUCCAGCAAAGGCUACAUCUGACCAUUUAACUGCUUAUAAAGGUAUACCUUCUGAAUUCAAAGAAGAUGAUGUGGUAAAAGAUAAUUUUGAUUGCAAUCCUUAUCAAGAACAAUCCAUGAACAAAACUGUUUCAAAAGCUGUUCAACGUAAGCCUAAAAAGGCUAUCAAAAAGAAGACUACAGAGGGAGCCAGUUCAGAGGGACUACCAAAUGUAGAGACUUCUAGUUUACCUAAGAAACUGAAAGAUUCCAGCAAGCCUACAGAAACGGUAGAGAACAUGGGAAUUGACAGCGGAGUUCAGGACGUGCUUGAAAGUUCACUACCUAAAAUCCCAAGCUUAUCAUCGUUCAAGCGUCCUGUGGUUUGCACAGCAUCCUUUGCUGAACUUGUUGAAGAUUAUGAGCGGUUUAUUAAAGAAGGACUUGAAAAACAUGUAGAAGUCAUACGUGUGUAUACUGGUAGUGGUAGCUAUACAAACGCUCAAACAGCUAAGAAACUGGAAAAAGAAUCUGUGUUGGUGCCUUCAGAAACUGCUAGUACCUCUGAAAUACAUGAUCUUAGUGGGAAUUCAGAUGAUAGGAUUGAUAGUAGUUUAUCCAGUUCUUUAUUAGAGAGUGAUAGUGAAGAAUCUACUCUGUCACAAGGGAAUUUGAGGUCUAUGGAACUUUCGAGCUCUUGCCCAGAUCUCUUCACUGAAAGGACAGAUGGUGCGGAUGCUGGCCAAUUAAAUGUAAAAGGUUUCAACGUGUCGCUAGAGGAAGUGCAGCAGUCAAGUUUAGUCAAAGCUAAAGCUCAAUGUUGUGUUGAGGAGCCCAUUUUCAGUAAUGUAAUUAAGCCUAGAAAACGGGGCAAAAAAGUAACCCAUAUUAACAGAAGAGAGCUUUGCCAGGAAAUUCGGGAUGAUAUGUACCAGCUGGACUAUAGAAAUCCCUCUGGAUUUCCAUAUGGCACAAUGAGCUAUGCUGACUAUUGGCGAUCGUAUUAUCAAGCAUGGCAAACAUACCACUCUGCGAUUUCUAGUUCCUAUUACAGGAAAUUGUACAAAUGCUCCAACUGGAUGUCUGCAUAUCACAUGCAUUCUGUCUACCUUCAUGAAAUGCUAAAGCCAUGA